AUGGAUAAAAAGAAUGAAGAAUUCAAUAGUAUUCUUAGUAAGUUAAUUUUGGAAUUCAGUUAAUUUACUUAAGAGAUAUUUGAGUAGGAAUAGAAUAAUUAAUAAGCUUGGAUUGAAUCCCAAUUCAAAAUGACUUAGUCAUUAAAUAUAGUCUUUGAAUGUUGUAUAUCAAGACAGAAGGUGAAAAUACCUGUAAAUAUAUAGUUUAAAGUAUUAGGUUUCAUUUACUUAAUGUAUCAAAAAUAAAAAACAUUUUUAUGAUUAUUUUGAUUUAGAAUAGUUGAUAGUUUAUCUUGGUAUAUUAAACAAUAAGAAAAAGUAGUUUUAAUGUCCUUCUUGCUAAGAUUAAAUUAAAUUACCAUAAAAAACUAAUAUUUUAGAUAUUUUAAAAGAAAUUCUUCGACCUCAUAUUUUUAUAUAUAAUUUAAGAAAUUAGGUAGGUAUUUAUCCUAAAGAUAUUAUUUACUAUCACAAAUAAAAAUUAAUAAUACCAUUUUAUAAAGGGAAAUAUUAAACUUAUUUUAAUUAACAUUAUCAUUAAGAUAAUUUUGGGAUUGAACCAAUACUUCUUUAACAACCAAGAGAAGAAAAUUAAUUUUUUUCAAUAGCAAAUAAACUUAAUGAUUAUACUGGUUGUGAUUUUGUGAAUGUUUGUCUAAUAUCAUAGAUAAGAGUAAAUAUACCUGUAAGAGGUACAGAAUGUGUUCAUUAUGAAUCAUAUGAUUUAAUAGCUUUACAUAAACAUUUAUUUGAAUCAGAAUCUAAAAUGAUGAAUUGUACAAUGACAGGUUGUAAAUCAUUAUUUGAUUUGAGAAUUCCAGAAUCAUUUUAAAUAGAUUAUUAAUUAUUGUAAGCAGGAAGAGAAGGAUUAAGUUUUUCAAUAAAUUUUACUUAUUUGCCAAAUAUAAAAAAGUUAAGUGAGAUGUUAUAUUAUAAAUAAAGAGAUGAAUUCAUAAUAUCAUAUAAAGAAGUGAAAUCUUUAGAUGUUAAUUUAGAAUAUUUAAAUAAAAUGUAUGAAAUAGCUGAAUCUAUAUUUGUUAAUAAUGAAAAUAAUAAAAAGUAAACUGAAUUAUUUUUAAAAUUAUCAAAUAUAUCAAUUCCAAAUAAUGAUGAUUUAUUAGUAAUAUGUCCAAUAACUAAAUAUGGUAUAGAAUUACCAGCUAGAUGUAGAAAUUGUAAAGGUUUAAAAGUGACAGAUUUACGUUAUUUAGUUUGUAUAUUGAAUUAAGUUAAAAAUGAAUAAGAUAUUGAUGGAGUAAAAAAAGUACAAAAAGAAUGUCCACUUUGUAAUUCACCAUUCUCUGCUUAAGUUAAACCUCCACUUAAAUUUAUUGAUUAGAUUUAUAUUGAUGUUAAAUUGAUGAAAUUUUUCUUAUAAGCUCCAUUUUAUUAAAGAACUGUAUAAGGAUAUAAAUAGUUUUUAUUCUAAUAAUAACAAAAUGAUAAAUAAAUAUCAGGAUAAAUACAAAUAUUCAAAAAUUUAGAAUAAAAAAAUUGGGAAUAUGCAAAAAAUAUAUUUAUGUAUAAAUUCAGUUUACAUGUAAUUUUAUACAUAAUAAUCUUAGUGUAUAUUAACAGGAAAAAGAAUAUAAAUACCACUAAGAUGCAUUAAAUGUAAAAAUCAUUAUGAUUGUUUUGAUAAAGAAUCACUUGAAGAAUUCUAAUUAAAGAAAGGAAAUUUGGAAUCUAUUUAUUGUCCUAAAUGUAAUGAAAAAAUAGAAUCCUUUACAAAUUUCUAUAUUGAUUAAUAAUUAUAUGAAAUCCUUUAAAAUUUCUCAAAAGACACUCAAACUCAUGAUUAUGCACUAAUACAAAUAGGGUCUAAAAAAUUAACACUUGUCUGA